AUGGAGGGAGAGAGAAAACCCCAGCAGCAGCAGCAGCAGCAGCAGCUCAGCUCUCUUGACUCUCAUGUGUUGCUUGCUGCUGCUGUAGCUGGUAUUACUGCUGCUGCAGCAGCAGCAGUAGCAGCAGCAGCAGCAGCCGUAGCAGCAGCAGCAGCAGCAGCAGCAGGAGCAAAAGCUGCUGCUGCUACUGCAUCGUUCAAGAUGUUCAGCAGCAGCUUUCAUUCGCUGGCUAGCAGCAAUGGAGGGAGAGAGAAAACCCCAGCAGCAGCAGCAGCAGCAGCAGCAGCGGCGGAUCCUGCUGCUCCUGCUGCAGCAGCAGAUCCUGCUGCUCCUGCUGCUGCAGCAUCCGACUCUACUGCAGCAGCAGCAGCAGCAGCAGCAGCAGCAGCAGCAGCAGGGUCCCCCCGCAGCAGAGGCCCCAGCCUGCUGGGCCUGCAGCGAGGAUGCUCCUGGAUUGACUGCAGCAGAAGCAAGCCUACACAGCUCAGCAGCAGCAUCUCUUGCUCUGCUGCUGCUGCUGCUGCUGCUGCUGCUGGUGAUAGCCCCUUCAGUCGUAUAGAGAAGGCGAUUUCUGCUGCAGAGGAGAGGAGACGCAGCAGCAGCAGCAGAAGCAAAAGCAGCAGCAGCAGCAGCAGCAGCAGCAGAAGCAGCGACACGGGGCGUGCUGACUCUCUUAUCUCCUUGGAGUUUGAUGAGAGACCAGCAGCAGCAGCAGCAGCAGCAGAAGCAGCAGCAGCAGCAGCAGCAGCAGCAGCUAAGCCUCAAGAGGAUCCACUGGCUCGGCUGUUUGCUCAUAUACUAGUUGAGGACGAUGAGAGCCCUACUGCUGCUGCUGCUCCUGCUGCUCCUGCUGCUGCUGCUGCUGCUGCUGCGCAUCACCCAUCAUCAUCAGCAGCAGCAGCAGCAGCAGCAAGAGAGCAGCAGAAAGCAGCAGCAAUAAAUGAAGACUCCUGGAGUUGUCUUUUAUCUAAGGAUGUUGCCAAUGAAGCGGGAGAGAUUUUGCUGAAAUAUUCAGAGAUGGAUGUCGCCAAGUAA